UGUAUGUGUUCUCGGGGCGCCGUCUCAGCCCCGGGAAGAUGGUGGCGGCGGCGGCGGCGACUGAGGCGAGGCGGAGGAGGCGGACGGCAGCGACGACAGCGCCCGCGGGCAGAAACGGCGGGCGGCCCCGCGACCGGGUCGCCACGGGGGCUGGGGGACCGGGGCUGGGGGCCGGGCUGCGCCUCCCGCGCCUGCUGCUGCUGCUGCUCCCGCCCCUGCUGCUGUCGCCCUGGGCUGCCGAGGCCGCGGCGGCAGCGGCCGUGGUGUCGGGCUCGGUCGCCACCGAGGCCAAGGAGUGUGACCGGCCGUGUGUCAACGGCGGCCGCUGCAACCCUGGCACCGGCCAGUGCAUCUGCCCCGCCGGCUGGGUGGGCGAGCAGUGCCAGCAUUGCGGGGGCCGCUUCAGAUUAACUGGAUCUUCUGGGUUUGUAACAGAUGGACCUGGAAAUUAUAAAUAUAAAACGAAGUGCACAUGGCUCAUUGAAGGACAGCCAAAUAGAAUAAUGAGACUCCGUUUCAAUCAUUUUGCUACAGAGUGUAGUUGGGACCAUUUAUAUGUUUAUGAUGGGGACUCAAUUUAUGCACCACUAAUUGCUGCCUUUAGUGGCCUGAUUGUUCCUGAAAGAGACGGCAACGAGACUGUCCCUGAGGUUGUUGCCACAUCAGGUUAUGCCCUGCUGCAUUUUUUUAGUGAUGCUGCUUAUAAUUUGACUGGAUUUAAUAUCACUUACAAUUUUGACAUGUGUCCGAAUAAUUGCUCAGGCCGAGGAGAAUGUAAGAUCAGCAACAGCAGCAACACUGCUCAGUGUGAAUGUCCUGAAAACUGGAAAGGUGAAGCAUGUGACAUUCCUCACUGUGUAAAUAACUGUGGUUUUCCUCAUCGAGGCAUCUGCAAUUCCAGUGAUGUCAGAGGAUGUUUCUGCUUCUCAGAGUGGCAGGGUCCUGGAUGUUCAAUUCCUGUACCAGCUAACCAGUCAUUUUGGACUCAAGAGGAAUAUUCUAACCCAGGGCUCCCCAGAGCCUCUCACAAAGCUGUGGUCAAUGGACAUACAAUGUGGGUUGUUGGAGGAUAUAUGUUUAACCACUCAGAUUACAGCAUGGUUCUAGCGUAUGACCUUGCUUCUAGGGAGUGGCUUGCGCUGAACCGUUCUGUGAACAAUGUGGUUAUUAGAUAUGGCCAUUCUUUAGCAUUAUACAAGGAUAAAAUUUAUAUGUACGGAGGUAAAAUUGAUUCAACAGGGAAUGUGACCAAUGAGUUGAGAGUGUUUCAUAUUCAUAAUGAAUCAUGGGUGUUGUUGACUCCGGACGCAAAGGAGCAGUAUGCAGUUGUUGGGCACUCAGCACACAUCAUCACGUUGAAAACGGGCCAAGUGGUCAUGCUGGUCUUCUUUGGUCACUGCCCUCUCUAUGGGUACAUAAGCAGUGUACAGGAAUAUGACUUGGAUACGAAUAUGUGGAGUAUAUUACAAACCCAGGGUGCCCUUGUCCAAGGGGGUUAUGGCCAUAGCAGUGUCUAUGACCACAGGACUAGAGCAAUCUAUGUUCAUGGAGGCUACAAGGCUUUCAGCGCCAAUAAAUACCGGCUCGCAGAUGAUCUCUACAGAUACGAUGUGGACACCAAGAUGUGGACCAUUCUUAAGGACAGCCAAUUUUUCCGUUACUUGCACACAGCUGUGAUAGUGAGUGGAACCAUGCUGGUGUUUGGAGGAAAUACACACAAUGACACAUCCAUGAGCCAUGGCGCCAAAUGCUUUUCUUCAGAUUUCAUGGCUUAUGACAUUGCUUGUGACCGCUGGUCAGUGCUUCCCAGACCUGAUCUGCACCAUGAUGUCAACAGAUUUGGCCACUCAGCAGUCCUACACAACAGCACCAUGUAUGUGUUUGGUGGCUUCAAUAGUCUCCUCCUCAGUGACAUCUUGGUAUUUACCUCGGAACGGUGUGAAGCACACCGGAGUGAAGCUGCUUGUCUAGCAGCAGGACCUGGCAUCCAGUGUGUGUGGGACACAGGGUCAUCUCAGUGUAUUUCCUGGGAGUUAGCAACAGAAGCACAAGAAGAAAAGUUAAAAUCAGAAUGUUUUUCCAAAAGAACUCUUGCCCAUGACAGAUGUGACCAACACACGGAUUGUUACAGCUGCACAGCCAACACCAAUGACUGCCACUGGUGCAACAACUAUUGUGUCUCUAAGAACCACAGCUGCGCGGAAGGCCAGAUCUCCAUUUCCAAGUAUGAAAACUGCACCAAGGAUAAUCCCAUGUACUACUGUAACAAGAAGACCAGCUGUAGGAGCUGUGCCCUGGACCAGUACUGCCAGUGGGAUCACCGCAAUCAGGAGUGCUCCUCCCUGCCCGAAACUAUCUGUGGCACUGGCUGGCAUUUGGUUGUAAACAUGUGUUUGAAAAUUACUACGGCCAAGGAGACUUAUGACACGGCUAAAUUGUCCUGUAGGAACCACAAUGCCCUUUUGGCUUCUCUUACAACCGAGAAGAAGAUAGACUUUGUCAUUAAGGAGCUGCAAAAAAUGCAAUCAUCGCAGAGCAUGACUAAGCUGACCUUGACCCCAUGGGUUGGCCUUCGGAAGAUCAAUGUGUCCUACUGGUGCUGGGAAGAUAUGUCCCCAUUCACAAAUAGUUCAAUACAGUGGAUGCCAUUUGAGCCCAGUGAUGCUGGAUUCUGUGGAAUCUUAUCAGAACCCAGUACUCGGGGCCUGAAGGCUGCAACCUGCAUCAACCCACUCAAUGGUAGUGUCUGUGAAAGGCAGGCGAACCAUAGCACCAAGCAGUGCCGGACGCCGUGUGCCUUGAGGACGGUGUGUGGAGAGUGCACCAGUGGUAGCUCCGAGUGCAUGUGGUGCAGCAACAUGAAGCAGUGUGUGGACUCCAAUGCCUAUGUGGCCUCCUUCCCUUAUGGCCAGUGUAUGGAGUGGUAUACCAUGAACAGCUGUCCCCCUGAAAAUUGUUCAGGCUACUGUACCUGUAGUCAUUGCUUGGAGCAACCAGGCUGCGGCUGGUGUACUGAUCCCAGCAAUACUGGCAAAGGGAAAUGCAUAGAGGGCUCCUAUAAAGGACCAGUGAAGAUGCCUUCUCAGGCCCCUAUAGGAAAUUUCUACCCACAGCCCCUUCUCAAUUCCAGCAUGUGUCUGGAGGACAGCAGAUACAACUGGUCUUUUAUUCAUUGUCCAGCUUGCCAGUGCAAUGGCCACAGCAAAUGCAUUAAUCAGAGUAUCUGUGAGAAGUGUGAGAACCUGACCACGGGCAAGCACUGUGAGACCUGCAUAUCUGGCUUCUAUGGUGAUCCCACCAAUGGGGGGAAAUGUCAGUUAUGUAAGUGCAAUGGUCAUGCAUCCCUGUGCAAUACCAACUCGGGCAAGUGCUUCUGCACCACCAAGGGCGUCAAGGGGGACGAGUGCCAGCUAUGUGAAGUAGAAAAUCGAUACCAGGGAAACCCUCUCAAAGGAACAUGUUACUAUACUCUUCUUAUUGACUAUCAGUUCACCUUUAGCCUGUCCCAGGAGGAUGACCGCUAUUACACAGCCAUCAAUUUUGUGGCUACACCUGAUGAACAAAACAGGGAUUUGGACAUGUUCAUCAAUGCCUCCAAAAACUUCAAUCUCAACAUCACCUGGGCCGCCAGUUUCUCAGCUGGAACCCAGGCUGGAGAAGAGAUGCCUGUUGUUUCGAAAACCAACAUUAAGGAGUACAAAGAUAGCUUCUCUAAUGAGAAGUUUGAUUUUCGCAACCACCAAAAUAUCACUUUCUUUGUUUAUGUCAGUAAUUUCACCUGGCCCAUCAAAAUUCAGAUUGCCUUCUCCCAGCACAGCAGUUUUAUGGACCUAGUACAGUUCUUCGUGACCUUUUUCAGUUGUUUCCUCUCUUUGCUCCUGGUGGCUGCUGUGGUUUGGAAGAUCAAACAGAGUUGUUGGGCCUCCAGGCGCAGAGAGCAACUUCUGCGGGAGAUGCAGCAGAUGGCCAGUCGUCCCUUUGCCUCUGUAAAUGUUGCCUUGGAAACAGAUGAAGAGCCUCCUGAUCUUAUUGGGGGGACUAUAAAGGCUGUUCCCAAACCCAUUGCCCUGGAGCCAUGUUUUUACUACAAAGCUGCUGUCCUCUCUGCGUUUGUGAGGCUCCCUCGAGGCCUUGGUGGAAUCCCUCCUCCUGGGCAGUCCGGUCUCGCAGUAGCCAGCGCCCUGGUGGACAUUUCUCAGCACCUGCCAAUGCUGUACAAAGAGAAGCUAGGAGCACUGAGAAACCGGAAGCAGCAGCCCCCUGCGCAGCCUGGGACCUGCAUUUGAUGCUGGGGCCAGGGAGUCUUUGUGAGUGAGCAAAUGGAGGCGAGUGGCGUGCUGGAGUCUGCAGGGAGGGAGCAGGCAGGAGACGCUGUGCUGAGUGGAGCAGGGCAAAAAACUGGAAACCCUCCGACUGGAAACAUCGACUCAUCUGCAUGUUCACAAGCUUUCUUUGACAGUUUCUCCCAUCUGUGCUCCAGCAUCUAACCUUUUAUUUUUGCAUAGGGAAUAAUUGAUUUACUUACAGGUCCAGGGAUGAUCCAAAUGUUGCUGGAGGAGGCCAGUGUGGAGCCAGUGAGAGAGCUAGGAAUGAUACUCAGGUUUACUUGUGGGAAACUGGUCUUGGGACUGUCUCAACUGUGCAAAAAAACAAAGAUGUAGUGUUUACAAGUAAACGUGUGUCAUCAGUCGUUCUGGAACAAGGUCUUUUCAAAACUAGUGAGAUGAAUGAACUUGUCAUCUGAAACGUGCUAUCUUUUUAAAAAGAUGUGCUAUUUAUUCUUGCACAUUUUAGGCAGAUAACUCUUCUAGGGAGCUUUUUUUCUAGUUGAGAACUAAUGUCACUUUUGAAUCAUAUUAAGCUGAGAUAGAAGGGGGCUAUUUUAAAUGUCAAGGUCAGCAGUGUUACUUAGAAUGUAAACUGGUGUGAUAGGUAGUUUUCUAUAGCAACUUGGUUAAUUUAGGUCUUAAUCCAUUUGAAAUUCCUCUCUCUUUCUCUCUUAACACACACACACACACACACACUAAGUGCCUAGACUUUAAAUAGAUCUAGCAAUUGGAAAGUUAGUAAGCUUAAGUUUUUACAUAAUUGCAUUCCUACAUUCUUACAGAAUUUAAAUAGUCCCAUUGGCAAUCUGCUUUUUUUCUAAAAUGUACUUUGCAGCCAGGAAAGAAUUCUCACCCCAAGCAACCUUUAUCCCAGCAGCAAGGACUGAGAGGAGAGCGGAAAUGACCUAACUGAAAGCUCCAGUUGUUACUGUUGACAUAAGGACACUAGGCGUGAUCCCCAUGUGUCCCUGCCCCCAGGUCACUCUCGGCCUGGCAUUUGCUUCAGCCUUUCUGGCCUCCUGCUGCCAGGGCACCACAGGAGAAGGGACUCACUCGUGGUACAUGUCUCCCUGAGCAGAAAAGAGCAUAACGGCACCUGUUAAAGAGCAACUCCGUUCCUGGAGCCUGCGCCGAGCUGCAGGCUGCGGUGGGAUCGCACUCCAGGGGAAGGACCUCUUUCCCCCAGCAGGGGCUGGACUCUUCACUCCUCCUCCCCAGGCCCAGGUGGUGGCCAUGGGGAAGGCAGUGAACACUAACAGGAUGAAAAGCACAUGGAAAAAAUGGAUGAGGGAAAACUACGCCAAAUGGAAAGUGACCAAAUGUAAGCGGGGUGGGGGCAGACCCGGCUUUUCUCCCAGGGCACUGCCUGGGCAUCGUGCUGUCCGCCCGUGGUGCUCUGUUCUCUGGCAUUAGGCAGCAGCCUCCCGAGACCUCUCCUGCUUCAGAGCCUGGGGAUGGGCCCCUACACAACAAUGCUCAAGUUUGUGAAUUUGGAUAAAUAAAUAGUCAAAAGAGCAAAAACUGCGGCAUUUCACCUUUAAAUGCAGUGCCUAGAGAGCGAGUAUUAUCUUUCCCAGUACCGACCUACUCCCCUGAAGAAUGGCCCGGGAAGAUGUUUUCAAAGAAGCUGAACCAUAAAAUACUGUCUGGUGCACAAAACACCUCUACUCUGAGACUUGCCUCUAAAAAGCUGUGUUUUCACAUCACUGUUAAAGAGCAGAUGGUUCUAGAAAAAACUCUGAACUCCCCACAUUGCUACUCCAGGUCACCGCACCCACAGGGAGCCUGCCGUGAAUGGCCCUUCACCUCUGUGACUGGCCAAGAGGGAGGCACUGCAGAGGAUCCUACCACAAGGGACAUCCUUGUUUCUUCUAAGGACCCCAUGUGCCCUUGGCCAGAGAAGUCCCUUCCCCCCCGUAGUCCCAUGCCUUGAAAGAACAUGCACCGGUCCCACAGCCACCUGGUUUUAUUUAUUUUUUUUUCCUAAAAGAUAAUGUUUUGUUUUAAAACGGAAGAAAAGAGCAAAUGAAGUGUAAUUCUGCUCCCACAGUGGAGAAGCAGCUGAACCCACUGUUUCUCCUUUGCAGCCCACAGCCAGCGGCUUCCUCCAGGCUCGGCCAGAGGAGGGGGUGGCAGGAGAAAGGCACUCGCUUAGAGCCAGUUACCAAGAGGACAUCACCUGGAACUUCAGAGAUGUCUGCGUGUCACAGGAGAGCCUGUACAUAAAUUAAAGUAGUCAUGACAACCUUGAUAUUGCACUUGUACAUAACUAUACAGUAGUCCAGAAUGUUCAGACAUUCAGAGUGUACAUAAAACAGAAAAAUAUCUAAAUGUAUUUUUAUUAAAUUUAUGGCAUCUGAGUUUCACCCAAUGUGUUUUUGUGCCAUAUACUGGAUAUCCAAGUUCAGAGAAGUCCUCUUGUUAGCCCUGAAGCACUGAUAACAAAGCCAGAGAGUGCACCCCCAUCGUGCUGAUGUGUUCAAUGUUCAAAUGCAUCUGGUACCAAUUGGAUAACCCUGAGAACCCGGGUCAUCUGUCAGUACACAGAUGAAAGCUGGCAGUGAGUUCAUUUAAACAGCAGUAUGUGAGGAGACUCAAAGGCAGUGCGAAUCUCUCUGUCGCUAUUGUUGGCUCUGCAAGUGCAUCGUGAAUCAGUCUGUCAGCCUCUGGGUGCUGUGGGUGGCCAGAACAAUUUAUCAAAUCAUCAUGAUAAAUGUUUCUCAAAGUCUUUAAGUUGAAAGAUUAUACCUGUAGAAUCAGAUUUUUCUGAAAAGGGGUUUUCCAGGCUGCAUUUUGUUGUGGUCUUGUCUAAAUUUUUAGUGAUCAUUUCCAAGGACUAUAGUUUACUGUACUGGAAACUGUAGGUGGGAGUAGGGUAGUUUGUUGAUACAUAGCUCCUGCUUCCCCAUGGAGAACCGCACACACCCUGACCUCCUGCCCUCUCCUACUCCCUUAUACACACAGCUUAGGGAGAAGUCUGUGCUUCUCUCUGAGGAUCGCCUCCAACAGGUGGGAGGAGGUGUGGAGAGAAGCAACUCCUACUUUCCCGGGCUAUCCCAGAGGGAAAGCAGCUCAGGAUCGAAGACUGGCAGCAAAAGGGAAACAUGGGAAUAUCUGUGUGAGGGCUGAGGUGCAAGAUGAGAGACACCAGAAAAUCUGGGGCAAAUGAAGAGACCAGAGCACUAUCAGAAAAAGACAUUUUACCUUCAGUGCAAGUCUUACUCCUUCAACUUCGGGAGUGCAUUUGGGUAGGGGUGGGAAUGAUUCAUGUCCUUGAGGGGGGUGCCCUUGUCAUGAACACCUCCGAUCCUUCUGUUUCAUUCAUCCAGUCAACGAAUAUUCACUAAGCACUUACUAACAACCUAAGCUAAUGCUAGGGCGAUGAAAAAGCAGCUCCAGAAUUACAACAGAAUCCAGUUCCCAAACCCAUCAUCCAGAUCUUUCCUUAGGGAUUCUGUGAGAAUUGGCCAUCCUGAGAACAGACCCAGGAAGACAGAAGGGCUGUCCUCGGCUGUGCACCAGCUCAGUCCGAAAUGUUUACCCAGUGUACCAAACUCGGCCUCAGAAGUCAUGGUGAUGGUUUGUAGAUAGCCAGGCCCGCCAGGAGACAUGUCCCUGAGUGGUUCAAACUAAUACACACCCUUGCCUGCAGGGAAACAAUCUGGAGAGCAGAUGAAAACUGGCGCCUUCUCUUUUAAAGGCAAUAAUGGAAGUGACUUCCAGUAACUGAAUUUGGGCACAAAACAUUCUGAACACUAGUGAAGCCUGUUUCAUUGAACUAAUUCUGGCUUUGAAAAUGUUUUGUUCUAUAGUUAUUUACAUUUUUGUUUGUUUGGAUUCAAGCUUAGUUUGUUAAUAUGUAUAAUUUAGCAUCUAUUGCACUCAUGUAAAUAUGGAGUAAGUAUUGUAAACUAUUUCAUUGCUGAGGGUUGUGGGUACUAUACAUACAUUUAAGGACUGCAAUUUUUUGGUAUUUUUUGUAUUGUAAAAUAACAGCUAAUUUAAGUGGGAACAAGAGAAUUAAGGGAGGUCUGCAUUUUAAACACAAAUGUGAAGAACUUGUAUAUAAACAAAAGUAAAUACUAUACUACAAACUCCUUCUGAAAUAAAAGUAGAUCUGGUAAAAA